UGUUUCUCAAGAGGACCAGAAUUUUUUUGUGCAACCAUAAACUUCCCCUUUUUAUCAGUUCACGGUCAUUAAGGUGGUACAGAAAAACAAGAAUUAUUUACUUUUCUUUCAUUAUGUAGUGUUGAAGGUACCAAGUCCCAAAAGGGUUAGGGUUAGCUGAUACAUAAUGUGACUAUAACUGACUGAAGUUGAGGCACAAUAGGAGCAGCAAUACUCUGCAUCAAUGUUUUAACACAAGAAGGAAAAAGCAGAAGAGUGAUGAGAGGAAGAGUCUAUUUAGAGAGGAGUCACACUGAAGAGAUCACUGUGAAGAGAAGAGAGCAGGGGAACAAGGCAAACCGUUCAGCUUCUGACUAAGAGACUCUGUGCAGGAUGAGACUGACUGUCAUCAAACAUCUAAUUAGGAUGUGUGCGCUCAUCUGGACGACUCUGCUCUUUGCUGUGAGAAUCAACAAUGCUUACACAGCAACUGCAUCUCCAAGGGAAACCCCUAAAAUCACACCAGAGGCUGGACUCUGUGUUGAGAUACGCUGUUAUUCUACUACUGAUUUUGGCUUCACUGUGGUAAGCACAGUUGGGUACAAAUGUGAACACAACUGCACUGAUUCUGACAUAAUACUCCGCUUGAAGAACACCAGUGCACAUGCCCAGUCUGGGUUUGGAGUGUCACUGUUGGAUCGUAAUCUGAGUCAGACGAACUGCAUCAUCAUCAUCACUGACCUCACCAAGUCAGACUCUGGAUCAUAUCAGCUCACAGUCCUGAAUGGAAGAACGCAAGGAUCCACAUCUCAUGAAACAUUUAGCGAAACAGAUCUGUUCCAGAAGCCCACAGUGAGGAUUCCUCCUCUGACAGAGGGACAGCAGACCACACUGACCUGCACUGCUCCUUGUCUCUGCUCUGGAUCUGAUCCUGAAGUCACCUGGAUGUGGAGAAGGACAGGAGAGAAUGGCUCUCACAUCACAGGAAACGUCACCGCUUUCAAGACUGACAAUCUGACUGUCACACAGAGAUGCCGCUCAACUUUGACCUUUCACCCUUCAGUCAUGCACCACGGCACUGAGGUCGUCUGUAUGGUCAGCUUCACAGGUGGCAUGACGACAGAGGAGACGGUGACUCUGAAUGUGAACUAUGUCAAAAAGCCUGAAAUCUCUGGAAUGACCACUGUAAAGGAGGGUGAUAGUCUGAAUCUGACCUGCAGCGUUGCAAGUUUCCCACCAUAUGCUAUCACAUGGGCUAAACUCGGCUUGAACGAAAUCCUGAACGAUGAAACUGGAACUGACCUGCACAGUGACGCUGGGACGGCUGGGACACUUGUCAUCCCUAACAUGACAGCAGAAUAUUCCGGACAGUACAUAUGUACUGCAAAGCUUCUGAACAACACCCUGACCGCAGAAGUAAACGUAACAGUGAUACAUGUGAAGAAAUCUGAAAUAACUGGAAAGAGAACCCUAAAGGAAGGUGAUACUCUGAAUCUGACCUGCAAUGUGGAAGAUUUCCUUCCAUCUCUUGUCAUGUGGACGAAAGUCCCGUCCAACAAAAACCUGCAGAGCAGAACUGAAACUGACCUGCAGAACAACACUGGAACAGCCACUCUUGUCAUCCCUAAUGUGACACCAGACCACGCUGGACAAUACAACUGUACAGCGAAACACCUGAACAUGACUGUGUCUAUAUAUGCCAUUGUAACUGUAACUUCGUAUCCCAAGAUCCUAAACAGCUCUGGAUGCAUAAGUCAGUCGAAGGCUCUUACCUGUAUGUGUAUCAGUCAGUGGUUUCCGUUACCCACCAUCAAAUGGCCACUGAUAGAGAACCACACUGAGUACUCUGUCAUUACCACUGUCUCAAACCACACAAUCAACAGCACCAUCACGCUAACUGCAAAAGAGCAAACUUACACCGUUGUUGAGUGUGUCAGCCGCAGCGAGAAUGGAGAAGUAAAAGAGAACCUCAUCAUAACCAAAGCAGAAGAAGACGACGACGAAGAUCAGUACGUGAAAUUGUUAAGAACUGUGACACAGUUGGAAGUUGUCAUUGCAUUUUUGAUUGGCGCUCUUCUUUCUGCAAUCUUUUGCUGUUUGGUGAGACAAUGCCCCAGAAAAAGGCAGAGGACCCACGAAAAUCUGGCUGAGACUCUGGAGAUGGUGACGAGUCACAAAGAAUCACUGGUAGAUGCUGGUCAAGAAGUGGAAGAUGAUCAGGCCUUCCUCCAAGAGGCAGCUGAAGCAGGAGAAGCUGUGUCCGUGGGCAAACCAGACGUGGAGUACUCCAACCUUGAUUUCUCUCUGAUUAAAACACAGAGUCCAGCAGAGGCAGGGAUGACACAGGAGACCACAGAGACAGAGUACGCUGAAAUUAAAAAAGAAAAAGCAGAGGCGGAACAAGGUGGAGAGGGCAGAGCAGAAGAGGAGGUGAUGGAGGGGGAUGAGGAGAAAAAACAAAGUGGACCAGAUCAGGAGGAAGGUGAGGAGGAUGUGGCGCUGUAUUCCACUGUGAAGGAUAUAAUGGAUCAGAUUUAAGGACGGUCUUGCUUAGUUGUUUUGAGGUUACUUGUAAUUUGUUCUGAUGUGAUGGCUUCUUGCUGUCCUGUAAUUGUCCUGUGUGCAGUUUCUGCAGCAGCUUUCAAAAGCCAAGCUGAGCCUGUGGUAGACCUCAAAUGACAGAGACUUUCUUUAACUUUAAAGUAGUAUAACUCAUUUGGGGAAUCAGCCAUGAGGCAGCAUUGACCACUGUACUGUAGUUAAAUACAUAUUACAUGUACAAAUCGUACAUAAUGCACAUAAUUCUAACCUAUGUGAACAUUCAUCAAAACAUACUCAAAUGACUAGAAAAGGUAAAAAUUUGUUAUGAUUGUAACAGAUGAGUUUAUUUUGCUCUAUGUAUGAGGUAACAACGGAGCUCAGAGAAGAAGAGUAGUUUGAAUAUAAUGCUAUUUUGUCUUUAUUUGUAUAUUAUCUAAGUUCAUGCAGUGUUAAAGCAUUACAGUAGUUAGGCAUUUUGGUUAAUCACUUCCUUCCUCAGAAGUAGAUAAGAAGAUAACAUGUCUGUGCAUUAAGUAUGGAGCUAGAGCAAGCAGACAGUUAGCUUAGCUUAGCUUAACAUAAAGGGAAACAAGGCAAAAAAAAAGAGCCUGGAUAGCCUGGCUCUGUGUAAAGUUGAAAAAAUCACAAUUUGUGGUUUAAAGACCGUGUGGUGUAACUGUGCAGACAGCUGGUUGCCUGGGAACUUCACUCGGAUGAUGGACUGUCAGAAAGUCUGAAAGUGUAGAGUGAAUGUUUUUUUUUAUUUUGUUCAGUAAAGCAUAUAUUGGAGAGAACUGAUUCAUUAACUUAAUUAAAAUUAACUGUUCGUAACUGAGUAUCAAUACAACGCAUAAAUAUCUUGAAACACAAAACUGCAACUUUUGCUGUCAAAUAGACGGGAAAUCAUGGUGUGAGAGGAUGUGAGCCUAAAAUAACAUCUGAAACAUGAACACGUGACUUUUUGCAUACUGAGUUCCUCUUCAAAGAAAUGAAAGCAAGGCCGUCUCACUCAUCUUGGCUCCUAAGGUCCUCACGUACCAUAUGCAUACCUCCCUCAACUUCAUCAAUAUUACUUUGUUCCUCUUUAUUGGUAAUGCCUUUAUAAUAAUAAUAAUAAAAGAAGAAAAUGAAACUCA